UGUAUUGCAAUAUAAUUAUUUGCGGGUAGUAUUAUAGUAAAUCAUGUGUGAUGCUUUUAACAUGAAUAUUUAAAGCGUAUAAGGUGUCGAGCGUCGUUUAUUUCGUUUACGUAGGCAGCGGGGGGGUCGCGUUUCAUUUUCAGGCAGUGCGAUGUUUCAUUGUGUGGACGCGUAGUUGAACUGAAACUUGUGUACAGUUAGUCGCGGUCUGGGACGGGCGUCGGUGCUUAGGAGUGUGCGCGGUACGGGUGAAAUGGCGAUGCCCGAGCAAUUUUCUUUACGAUGGAACGAUUUCCAUGCAAAUCUAUCCCAGUCCUUCCACGCAUUGCUGGAAGGCGAAGAUCUGGUGGACGUGACUUUGGCAGCGGGUGGGCAGUACGUGCACGCUCACAAGCUGAUUCUCUCCGUGUGCAGCCCCUACUUCAAGGAGCUGUUCAAGAUGAAUCCCUGUGAACACCCAAUUGUGAUCCUAAAGGACGUGCCACAUCAGGAACUGCGCCAGUUGCUCCAAUUCAUGUACCGGGGCGAAGUGCAUGUACGCCAGCAGGAACUCUCUGGGUUCCUGCACACGGCGGAACUGCUGCAAGUCAAAGGUCUCACCAGCGGUCGGGAGCGCAGUGAAUCACCUCCACCAGUGGAAGAACUGCCUAAACCGAAGGUGCACCACUCAGAAACGGACAACCAACCUGAGUGGGUGCCGGGGGGCGAAGAUACCAUCGCUACGGAAGCUCCAUCUGAGCCUGAGAUAAAGGAGGAGCCUCCAAGGAGCCCGCUCAAACGCUUGCUCAAGAACAGCAAGAACAACAACAUGAAAAAGAAGACGCGCCCCGUGAACAGCAGCCCCACUCAUCCCGAGAACACCGAGUACGCCUACGAUGGUGAACCCCUGAUUGACUUCGACACAAUGGAUCCGUUUCCUAGUGUGAUGAUAUUACCGGAGUCCGCUAAAGAAUCUGGUUGGAACUGCAAGACGGGUGGUGUGAAGUGCCCGUCGUGCCACAGGUUCUUCGCGAACAGGUAUAACCUGAAAGUGCAUAUUCGAGACAAACACGACACCAGAGAGGGGACGCUGCAAUGCGAGAUAUGUCAGAAACGUAUGCGCAACCCGUCCUGUCUACGCGUUCACAUGUACCACCACCGCAAACAGGCAGCUUACCUGGCACAGCUGAGUAGUCAGGGUGACCAAAUGCAACACGUCGUACAAAACAUGCUUGGCAGUAAAUGGCGUAACGAGGCCGGACUUGCCGACUACAGAGAUGACAAUUAUCAAGCUCAAGAGUCAAAGGCUUCGGAGAAGCAAGCCGCUGCCGAGACAGCCGCUGUUACACCUGAGAACUAUGCUCCCGAGCCGGAUGUCCCAAAACCGGAUCCUGAGACCGUAUGA